UUCCUGAACUGCUUUGUUUAAAGAACAAUCAAAAUGAAUAAGAAAGCAAAAUUGAAAGAAUCCCUGAUGCAGCAAUAUCUUUCUGGUGUUUCUCUACAAUAAGUGUAAAAAAGGGUGGUGUUGCUUUUUGCUGAUGUUCAAAGCUGAAUCAUCAGAAUAAUAAAAAUACCCAACUGAGGCUUUUCUCCCCCAGAGUAUAAAUACCCUCUUGUGUGCAGCAGUGAAGCAUUCAGUUGGGUACAGAACUAACUGAGUUCAAAAUGGGAAAGGCAAGUUCAACUCGGGAUUUAAAGCAUAUUUGAAUUCUUCACUGAAUACCGCCGUGUUUGAGCAAUUGAUAACUUACAGGCAUAUCUCUUCCCACAGAUCAUCUUCUACGAGGACAGGAACUUCCAGGGUCGGCACUAUGAGUGCAGCACCGACUGUGCCGACCUGUCCCCCUACUUCAGCCGCUGUAACUCCAUCCGUGUGGAGAGUGACUGGUGGGUGGCGUAUGAGAGACCCAACUACAUGGGGUACCAGUAUGUCCUGAACAGGGGGGAGUAUCCUGACUACCAGCGCUGGAUGGGAUUCAACGACAACAUCAGGUCCUGUCGCAGCUACCCACAUAACCGAGGAGGCAACUACAGGAUGAAGAUUUACGAGAGGCCUGACUUUGGAGGACAGAUGAUGGAAUUCAUGGACGACUGUCCCUCUGUCUACGAUCGUUUCCGUAACCGUGACAUUCACUCCUGCAACGUGAUGGAUGGUCACUGGACCUUCUAUGAACAGCCCAACUACAGAGGCCGACAGUACUUCAUGAGACCUGGGGAGUACAGGAGAUACAAUGACUGGGGCGGAUACAACUCUACCAUCGGAUCUUUCAGGCGCAUGAGGGAUUUUUAGAUGGUUCUUGCUAACAUGGUUCUGCCUUCAGAAAUGUUCAUGAGAAAAAUAAAAUCUCAAUUAUUGUAUAAAAACUUUUGUGCCAACAAUUUUUUUGAUUUAUGUUAAAAUCAAUAGCUAAUGACGCAAAAUUUCAGAAUUAGAAUCAACUUUUCUUUGACUUCAGCAAAUAUUUCAACCAUUAAGGCAGAUUAUAGAUCCAUGUUUUAAUCAUUAUUGAUAUUUUAUAUUCAUAAAGGGAAAAAUCAAAUUUAUUUUAAUGAUUGCUGGCUAUUCCUAGGAACAAAGUUAAAGGCAGCCUUGUCCAUAGGCUUUAGGAAUUAAAAUCCAGCACUUGAAUUGUGAAGAACGAACUGCAAGUGCUGGUUUACACUGAAGAUCGAUACAACAUGCAGGAGUAACUCAGCGGGGCAGGCAGCAUCUCUGGUGAGAAGGAAUGGGUGAUAUUUUCCGGUCAAGAUCCUACUUCAGACUGAAGAAGGGUCUCGAUCUGAAACGUCACCCAUUCCUUCUCACCAGAGAUGAUGCCUGUACCGCUGGGUUACUCCAGCAUUUUGUGUCUAUUUUCAAUUAAAUUGAGAAUUAUGGGCAGGAUUUAAAUUGCCUUCAAGCCCAGCUACCAAAUCCAACAGAUGUCUGCCAACAAGACAUAAUAUCGAUAACACAUCAGACAACAGAAAUUUGGUUGCAUCCACUUCCACUGCUAGCUACAUUUGAGGGAGAAAUAGUUGUCUGGUGCAAUGUUGAACAAUCAUAACUGAUAGAUUGCCAGUGUUUAAGAAGGAACUGCAGAUGCUCGAAAAUGCUGGAGAAACUCAGUGGGCAUCAUCUAUGGAGCGAAGGAAAUAGGCAACAUUUCGGGUAGAGACCCUUCUUCAGAUAGAUUGCCAACUUUAUUUGUUGACUGUGCUGCUCACUGUAAGCCAGUUGCAAAACUCGGAUGGUAUUUUUGUCUACUUUAUAGAUAGAAUCUGACAACAAGUUUAAUCCUGGUUAUGCUGUAAUCUGGAAAAUGGUACUUUCACAGAGAUAAAUUCAAAGCAAAGUGUUUUGAUAAACAUUCAAUAGAGAAAUGAUCAAUACUAGGUUCGAUCCUGACCACGGGGACUGUCUGUAUGGAGUUUGUACGUUCUUCCCAUGACCUGUGUGGGUUUUCUCCGGGAUCUUCGGUUUCAUCCUACACUCCAACGAUGCACAAAUUUGUAGGUUAAUUGGCUUGGUAAAGUUGUCCCUGGUUUUGUAGGAUAGUACAGGGAUCACUGGUCGACGUGGACUAGGUGGGCCCAAGGGCCUGUUUCCGCGCUGUAUCUCUAAACUAAACGGAGAAUCUGGGGAGGGGGAGAGGCUCCAGAUGGCUAUAGCUUCAUCUUAGUUAUUUUGGGAGCAGAACAGGGCAAUGACAACUUGCAUGAAUUCAGCACCUUUAACGCAGUAAAAUGGCUCAGGUAUUCCUCAGCACCAUUACCAAACGCAACUGGAAACAGAGCUUAUUUAUGAUCGGAUCUGAUGACUAGAAAGUUGAUUGAAGAGGUCGAACUAUAAAACAACUGCACGGAGGUAAAAUGUUAGAGGGAUAAAGGGGUUUAGGAGGGAAAUUACUUUGUUUGGAACCUUGACAGCAGAAAGAUAGAUGACCAACUGUAGACAAUAGAUAAUAGA